ACGAAACACCCUUCGUAACAAAUGCACUGGAAAGCACCGCCAGCUAGCAACAAAAUCGCACUCAAGACAACUUCGUAUGUUGUUAGCAAUAAUUUCUAGAUUUGCUUGAAUGUUUUCCAAGUCUAUCGUGCCUACGCUAUCGAGACAAGAUUGGCAGGCCAUAGCUCGGGGGUAGAGACAUAAGCAAAGUGUAUUAACGUAUGAAUGAUAGCCAAAUUAGCAUGAGAAUAGUGACGCAGUACUCUGGACUCUAUUUAGAACACACCAAGUACUUAGUGGUGCUCAACUCGCAUACCGCUACAGAAUCACAACAUCGCCUCUCUAUUAAGUUUUGGCUGGCGACCAGGGGUGACAGUGUUUAGUAACGCCUCAGUGAUCUUAGGAAGCGCCUGAGUGAUUUUUCAACAGUCAACUCCGUGCUCACUCAAACUGCUAGUAUGUCCCAUAGUAAACAAGGCCAUGGCGGAGUUAACCAGCUCGGAGGUGUUUUUGUCAACGGAAGACCGCUACCUGAUGUGGUCCGGCAAAGAAUCGUGGAGCUUGCACAGAGCGGAGUCCGUCCAUGUGAUAUUUCGCGCCAAUUACGAGUGUCCCAUGGCUGUGUCAGUAAAAUCCUCUGUAGGUUCUACGAGACGGGCUCCAUAAAACCUGGAGUUAUUGGAGGCAGCAAGCCUAAAGUUGCAACCGGGAAUGUGGUGACUAAGAUAGCAGAGUACAAACUUGCAAACCCGACCAUGUUCGCGUGGGAAAUAAGGGAUCGACUUCUCAGUGAAGGGGUCUGCACGAGUGAUAAUGUCCCCAGUGUUAGCUCGAUCAACCGAAUCGUCCGUAACCGCAUCAAUAGCCAGGAUAAAAUGAGCAACCCUAAAGGAAACCCUGGAGACAACUCUCCAAUGGACAUGGCACUAAAAUCAGAUCGAGACAUGCAGGCGAUAAAUGUACCGAGGUCUUCGUAUUCCAUUAGUGGGUUGUUGGGGAUUCCAAUGCCACAUCAACAGGUUGCUCAACACACCUCGCCUAGCAAGCGCAAAUACUCAGUGGAUAGCGCCGACAGCACAGGCAGUCAUUCAGGUGAUGAGGGUGACGACCCUAAUUCACAGAGAAGCAAGAUGUCUCGCCGCCAACGCACAAACUUCACUGAUGAACAAAUCGAAAAGCUUGAGAAAGUUUUUGAGAAGACUCACUAUCCGGAUGUAUUCACAAGAGAGGAACUGGCUCAACAAGUGAACCUGUCAGAGGCAAGGAUCCAGGUGUGGUACUCUAACCGCCGAGCAAAGUGGAGAAAGGAGGGCAAAGACGGGCCACAAGACCCCCAGGGUCCCAUCCAGACGACUUACAUCUCUUCCAAUGGUUAUAGUCACCCAUCAGUCAUCAGCCCAUCUAACAUGCAAAUGAACCCCAUACACGUGGAGGCAGACCACACCCAAGUUCACUAUCCACCCUCAAGUGACCAGAAUAUCCAUGUCAAGAGAGAAUUGACUGAGUUAAAGCCCAUUUCUGAGAACUCUCUGGGCAUGGGAAUGCCGACCAUCCAGCAAAACCAACAAUUCACAAGCUACUCCUCUCCCAGUCCCACCACCUACAUAUCAGUGCCGACUACCGGGAGUGGAGGGCAUCAGUACCAACUGCAGCCCAUUUUCAGUAACAUCUCAGGACAGUACCAAAUGCAAAACCCUAUUACAACUAUCGCAGACAGCGAAACAACACAGAUCAUACAUGGAAACCCUGCCUCAAGCCAGGCACUUUCACCGCCAGCAGCCAACACGGCACCAGGCUAUGUCCUUCCUCCUGUCAGCACCCUAACCAACAAGGGCCAUGACAGCACCCAGUAUCAAUCAGCGCAGUUUGCUCAAAUUCCACCAGGCGCCUAUCCUUCAUCGGACCAGUGGAUACCUGCAUACCCACAGGGUUUCAUCGGCCGACCGGCUACAGUGUUUGCUGUUCCCGCUCAAUGGGCAGCCCCUCCUCCUUCGUCAUCAAGAAUUCAGAGCUCAAAGCUCACAACAUCAGCUUAGGUAAAAAUCCCACAUGGCACAAGGACGAAAGGAAGUCCUGGUCCAUUGCUGACGUCUAGGGGGAACUUCAUAGUCAAACUCAAAUAAAUAAAUUCAAAGAUGUGAUCACUCAUACAACUCUCUUCAAGUCAAGUUUAUUUGGAUUUUAAAAUUACAUUUUGGCAAUUACUGUCAAUAAAAUAAUGUAUAAUCGAUAACUGCACAUGCUAAAUAUCGUUUAAUAGUUUAACGCUUUUGUAAAAAAUUUGAAUACUUGAGUUUAGUUGAGCCCUUGAGAUGUUUAUAGACAGUAGCAUAGGUGUGGUUAUAGUGGGUCCUUAUUUUGAUAUUGAAAUUUUAUCAAAUUAAGGAUUUCCUGAAUUGUUUAGAUUCUUAGCUAAGCUAUUUUUUCUUUUAGGCUAUAGAUAUUUUAGAAGAAUUACCCCCUUUUUAUACAAGGGAAAAUAGGUUUGUGAACUGUUUCCUUGUCCCUUAUUUUGAAUGAUAAAGUAUUUUCUUGUUCUGCUCAAUGGCUCAAUUAAAUAUUUAUCAAUAAGAUGGUGUUUAUUAACACUUCAUUAUUUUUUGAAAAUCUGACUAGACAUUUAGUCAAAUAUAUUUUCAUUCAUCCACAUUCUGAUGCGAUUGUGACAUAAAUUUUCUUGUAAUAAUCUUGCAUUUGGACAAACAACCCAGAUAUAUCAUGGGAAAACAGUAUUUUUGUACAUAUUUUUCUAUCUCAUGCACAUGCAACAUUAGAAUAUACAGGUUUUUUGGAAUGUUCACUUUUUCAAAACCAAUAGACAAGACUUGCUUUUGGUCACUAAUUCUAAAGGUUUACCAUGACAGCUACAGAUCUGAACUCCUGUAAAUUUAGAGAAAUGCACAAGGACAAGAUGUUUCAAAUUUAAUGGAUAGUACAUACUAUAUGAACAUUUCCUAAACAAAUUUUAAUCCUGUAUUAGUGAUGUCUGGAUUUUUUUUACAAUCGAGUUUUAGAAGUAAUUAGGUAAAUAAACACAGAGUGAGGUAAAUAUGUUUUUCCACAUGGACUCUACGUGUGAUAUUACACAUGGUAUUUAAUGAUAGUGGAUCAUCGGCUUUAUUUAAUGGCGAUAUAUGCUUUCAUACAAGGUGAUAUUGUUCUCAAGGUAUAUUUAGUAACAUGUCACAGCAGCAUUUGAAUUAGUCACAAAAUAAAAGGUUGUAUAUUUUUUCUGA